UAAUUUAGCCGGUCCCUAACUCGCCAGUAACAACCACCAUUUUCAGCCACAACAUGGAUAUACAUUAUUUAUGCUUAUAUUUACCUGUAGUUGUGAACUAUACUUGGGUAAUACUUUCUUUUAACACACAAUUUUGCAAGUUUUCGGUAAGUUAGCCAAGACUAGACAGUCGAUGCGGCGUCAACCAUAACACGGUGGUUUCCGGUGUCUUUCAAAAUACAACUACACUUGAAUUUGUACGUGGAAACAAUCGACUAAUAAUGGCUUUUAUUCUGAAGCCAAGGGAAACGAGUUCCGGGUUUUAUCUUGACUACAAUGUCUGCCUUAAUGGUUAACGGAGCAGGCUCUAGGGAACCAGCCGGAGUUAGCGGGGUUAGCUUAGCCCGAGUAGCCCUCCGGCGAGUCAUCUUCAGCUGUCAGUCUGCCAGCAUGCUAACAGCCGCUUAACCACCGCAAACACACUGCGGCUGUCUCCGUUAGACUUCCAAACCGAGCCACCGAACCGUCCAGCCGCUGAGCCAUGCGACAGUGGUGUGUCCCCGUUGCGACCCGCAGCACGGAGCCACUCCCGGGGCGCCUCUCCCUGUCGCCCCCUCCGCCAGAUGCCAGGAUGGAGUGUUGCCAGGUGGAGCCGCGCUACACCAUCGAGCAGAUUGACCUCCUCCAGCGUCUGCGCCUCUCCGGCAUGACCAAACCUCAGAUCCUUCACGCAUUGGAAUCUCUGGAGAGGCUGGACCCAGACCACCGCGCACCUCACUGUGACUCCCACCGUGCUCCUUCCGACAACAACAACACCACCACCGCCGCCACCACACCCGCCCUGGCAGCUCCAGCUCCCACCUCGUCCUCUUCGUCGUCCACCUCAUCGCUUUCCCUGGCGUCGGCCACCACGCAGACCUCCGGGCUAGACGGCGCCGCCCUGUCCCCCAGCAACAGCUUCGAGGCCUCUCCUCCGCCGCUAUACCCCCCCGCUGUAGCCGUGCAGCGCUCGUUCAGCUACGACAUGGUCGGGGAGGAGGAGUGGGACCUGGAGGAGAAGGUGGAGGAAUACAUGAGGAGGGAUAGCAACCUGGUGAAAGAGGAGAUCAAAACCUUCCUCAACAACCGCAGAAUCUCUCAGGCAAUCGUUGGACAGGUUACAGGAAUCAGCCAGAGUUACAUCUCCCAAUGGCUGCUGCAGCAAGGCCUGGAGAUGAGCGACUCCAAACGCAGAGCUUUCUACCGCUGGUACCUGCUGGAGAGAAAUAACCCAGGCGCUACUUUGUCGAUGCGAUCAAUGGUGAAGGAGGAACCGGACUGGCGGACAGGCAUCAUGGUCGGAGACAGGGCAGGCAUAGUCAGUGCGCCGUUGAGGCUGCGUCGAGGAAGCAGGUUCACCUGGAGGAAGGAGUGUCAGUCCAUCAUGGAGAGUUUCUUCGUGGAGAACCAGUAUCCCGACGAGGCAAAGCGGGAGGAGAUUGCCAACGCCUGCAACUCAGUCAUCCAGAAACCAGGUUGCAAACUGUCUGAGUUUGAGCGCGUGACGGCCUUGAAGGUGUACAACUGGUUCGCUAAUCGCCGCAAGGAGAUGAAGAGGAGAGCCAACAUUGAAGCUGCCAUUUUGGAGAGCCACGGCAUUGAGGUCCCGAGUCCGAGCUGCCACUCAAACGGAGAAGACGGCGAGAUGCAAGAGUUUGCGGAUCAGGUGAAUCACCGCUUCUCCGAGCAGGAAGAGGCCUCGACCCAGCAAGACCCCUCUGUGAGGGCCACCCCCGACGCCUCGCAGGCGCCGGAACACAAGGAGGGCGAGCCAAAAAUGGAGACCGUGGAUGAAGAGUGACUAAAACCGGUGAUCUCAAUUUGAUUUUUAAUCAAAAUACUUCAAAAAAAGAAGGGGGAAAAAAAGUCUGCUUCCUCCUCAUGGGGGGCUGAAGACAUCCUUAGAAAAAUCAAAGGGUGCUAAAGAGGCUGCCAUAUUUAUCAUGCUUAUGUUAACAGCAAUAUACAGUACAUAUAUGAAUAUAUACUUGAACAUAUAUCAAUAUGUAGUGCAUUCCAAGGUGGUAUUAAGAAGCCUGAAUUCCAUAGAAUUACCUAAAAGAUACCUCACCCAUUUCACACAUUGGUGUGUUUUUUGUUCCAUGCUUUCUUUUGGUGCUGAGCGGUCAUGUGACCAACGCCUGCAGGUCAGGUGACGCUGUCCUAGUUUGCGCGCGCGUGUGUUUGUGUCUGUGUGUGUGUGUGUGUGUGUGUGUGUGUGUGUGUGUGUGUGUGUGUGUGUGUGUGUGUGUGUGUGUGUGUGUGUGUGUGUGUGUGUGUGUGUGUGUGUGUGUGUGUCAAUUUUCUGGUGCUGGCCUCCGACCUCACAAAGCGGACUGAUCAAGUCUCCAUCAAUGUUCGCAAAGCCCUGAGGGACACCUGGAAUCUCAGGGAAUCCAACAAUGGUGGAUAAGGACGGUGAAGAAGAAGAAGUGCACCAAGUGCGUGUGUGAGUGUGCUUUUUUUCUUCCCUGCUCUUAACCCAAACAGGAUCUUCUAUUUAUACAUGUUUUAUUAGUAGAACAAAGCCAGAACUAUCCAUCAUGUCUUUGUUCAACUCAAUGCUGCUCACUUCGCUCCUUUUUUCCCCCGCUCAUCUAACCUCAUUUUCUCAUGCUGAUGUCAGCCUGUGAAGCUUCUCUUGAAAAGAAACGUAAAUGUGAUUGAAAAUCAUGAGGCGCCCUCCUCCCUUCUUAUUGGAAUAAGCUAAAAGCUUCAGCUGCGCAUACUGCACUUCAAAGUGAAUAUCACUCUAAUAUUAAUAUGAAUAAUACCGCUUGUGUACAUAACCCAGAGGAUUAACAGCAUUUAUGGGUGCUUCUCUUCAAACUAACAUUAGCAAGAAACUAAAUAAAUAUAUAUAUAUACAUAUACUGUAGGAUUAUGGAGUUGCUCCCCAAAGUGUUCAUGAAAUGAACAAAGAUGCUUGUAAUAUACUUUUAUUGAUGCCAAAGGUGUGGAUGAUGAUGCCCAGUCUAACACUAGCCAGCUCUCUUAAAGAGGAAUAGUUCUGUAUGGUGGAUGUGUUACACGCCAUUGUUGUCACCCUUCAUGAUACACUGUAGUGUUUAUGCCGGUGGGGGCGGGGUCAAAAAGAGGAUUAUUAUUAUUAUUAUUAUUAUUAUCAUCAUUAUUAUUCUGCUUUUAUCUGACAGUGAGGGACAAUAAAAGUCUUGUUAACAAUG